AUGGCUGAAGACGAGGAUCAAGAUAUUUUUGAUGCGCUGGAGCGCGAGGCCUCCGAGUUCACCAAGGAUGCGGAGAUUGAUCGUAUCCGCAAGGCAUUCUCCCUCGACGCGUACGCCGUGCUAGACCUACAACCUGGAGUCCCUGAGAAGGACAUCAAAGUACAAUAUCGCAAAAAGUCACUUUUAAUCCAUCCGGAUAAAACGAAGAACCCACUCGCCCCAGAUGCCUUCGACCGACUCAAGAAAGCACAGACCGCACUCCUGGACGAGAAGGAGCGUACCUAUCUGGACGAAUGCAUUGCAGACGCACGAAGGCUCCUGAUUCGCGAACAUAAAUAUACUGUUGACUCGCCCGAGCUCAAAACAGACGAGUUCAAGAAGGAAUGGCGACAGAAGACUGUCCAAGUACUACUUGAGGAAGAAGCUCGACGACGACGACAAGCUAAGGCGCGCAUGCAAGAAGAAGGUCGCGAAAAGCGCAAGGAGGAGGAGGAACUAGAAGCGCGUAAGAGGAAGCGCGAUCAAGAUAAGGCAUGGGAAGAUACCCGAGAUGAGCGCAUUGGUAGCUGGCGGGAUUUCAAGAAGGGAAAAGCAGUGGGCGAUGAGAAGAAGAAGAAAAAGAAGAUGAAGGUCCUUGGAUGA